CGCUCCACCACCACCCAACAUGGCCUCCGACGAGAUCGUCUGGUCCAUUAUCAACAACCAGUUCUGCUCCUUCAAGCUCAAACUCCCCGGCAACCAAUCGCACCAAAAAUCUACCAAACAAACCUUCUGCCGCAACGAACACAAUGUGACCGGUCUCUGCAAUCGACAAUCCUGCCCUCUCGCCAACUCUCGCUAUGCCACAAUCCGUUCCGACCCUGCCACCGGUCGUCUCUAUCUCUACAUCAAAACCGUCGAGCGCGCACACUUACCGUCAAAAUGGUGGGAAAAGAUCAGAUUGAGCGGAAAUUAUGCCAAGGCGCUGGAACAGGUGGAUGAGAGGCUGAUCUAUUGGCCCAAGUUCCUGGUACAUAAGUGUAAACAACGACUCACGCGGUUGACACAAGUGAGAGUCCGGGCGGCGAAGUUGGCAAAGGAAGAGGAGAGAUUGGGCGAGCGCAUGGUGAGCAAGCAGGCGCCGAAGAUUCGGAGAAGAGAAGCGACACGUGAGAGGAAAGCGGAGGCUGCGGCGAAAAUCGAGAGGGCAAUUGAGAGGGAGCUGGUGGAGAGGUUAAGAUCCGGAGCAUAUGGUGAUCGACCACUGAAUGUGGAGGAGGGAGUGUGGAAGAAGGUUAUGAGAGGAUUGGAGAGGAGUGCAGAGGGUCUCAGAGAUGAGGAUUUGGAUGAAGGUAUUGAGGAGGAGUACGAGUAUGAGAAUGAGGAGGGAAUCGCGGAGGAGGAAGAUGGCAACGUUGAAUACGUGAGCGACAUGGAAGAGUCAGACGAUGAAGAUGACAUGGAGGACUUUGACGAUUGGCUGGGUGGACAAAGCGGAGACGAGCAGGCUGCGGGAGAAGACUCUGACGCAGACUCGGCAGCAGAAGGAGAAGAAGAUGGCAGCGGAGACGAUGAUGGGGAAGACGCGGACGACGACACAGCAGCGCUCAAGAAGAAGCUGGACACUCUCAAGCGGAAACGACCUGCUGCGCCGGCCGCGCCGAAGCCUCGCAAAAAGCCGACGAAGAAGGGCAAGGGUCCGAAGACGAACAUCGAGUACGAAUACGUGCCGGAGCCGGCGCAGAGGGAGAUGUUGCUUGCGAAAUAG